AUGUCCGAAGUUUCUGACUCUGUAUCAGAGGAAGAAAGAAGUUUGUUCCGUCCGUUCACGCGGGAGUCCCUGGCAGCGAUCGAGGCUCGCAUCGCCGAGGAACAUGCCAAGCAGAAGGAGCUCGAGAAGAAGAGAGCGGAAAGCGAGGUUCGGUAUGACGACGAGGACGAGGACGAGGGUCCUCAGCCGGAUCCGAUGCUCGAGCAAGGAGCACCGAUCCCGGUCCGACUGCACAACGAAUUUCCACCCGAGUUGGCCUCCACACCUCUCGAGGAUAUCGAUAACUUCUAUCAUAACCAAAGGACCUUCGUCGUCAUCAGCAAGGGAAAGGACAUAUUCAGGUUCUCAGCGACAGAUGCGCUGUGGAUCCUCGACCCGUUCAACCCAAUACGACGCGUGGCCAUUUACAUAUUGGUUCACCCACUGUUCUCCCUCUUCAUUAUCACUACAAUAUUGGUUAACUGCAUACUCAUGAUCAUGCCCACUACGCCCACCAUCGAGUCUACGGAAGUGAUAUUUACGGGCAUCUACACAUUUGAGUCCGCCGUUAAGGUGAUGGCGAGGGGUUUCAUUCUGCAGCCUUUUACCUAUCUUAGAGAUGCAUGGAAUUGGCUCGACUUCGUAGUUAUAGCUUUAGCUUAUGUGACGAUGGGCAUAGAUCUAGGCAACCUUGCCGCUCUCAGGACAUUUCGAGUCCUCCGAGCCUUGAAGACUGUCGCUAUUGUACCAGGUCUGAAAACCAUUGUCGGCGCUGUGAUAGAAUCCGUGAAGAACCUGCGCGAUGUGAUAAUCCUGACGAUGUUCUCUCUUUCCGUCUUUGCGCUGAUGGGCCUCCAGAUUUACAUGGGGGUGCUCACGCAAAAGUGUAUAAAGAACUUUCCCGAGGACGGCUCCUGGGGCAAUCUCACCCAUGAAAACUGGGAGCGAUUCGUUAGUAAUGAAACUAAUUGGUACGUGGACGAGGCGAAAAACAUGCCCUUGUGUGGAAAUUCAUCUGGAGCAGGGCAGUGCCUUCCUGGCUAUACGUGUUUACAAGGUUACGGUGAAAAUCCGAAUUAUGGUUACACGAGUUUCGACACCUUCGGCUGGGCCUUACUUUCUGCUUUUCGUCUGAUGACUCAAGAUUACUGGGAGAAUCUGUAUCAGCUGGUGCUACGAUCGGCUGGACCAUGGCAUAUGUUGUUCUUCAUCGUGAUCAUUUUUCUCGGUUCCUUUUAUCUCGUCAACUUGAUUCUCGCCAUUGUCGCGAUGUCUUACGAUGAGUUGCAGAAGAAGGCUGAAGAGGAGGAAGCUGCCGAGGAAGAAGCCAUAAGAGAAGCCGAAGAAGCAGCUCUGGCAAAGGAGAACAAGUUGGCGGCGCAGGCAGCGGCUCGUGAGGCUGCAGCUGCGGCGGCUGCGGUUGCGGCUGAUCAUAUCGUCAAAUCACCGUCAGAUUUCUCGUGUCACAGCUACGAAUUGUUCGUUGGCCAGGAGAAAGGGAACGACGAUAACAACAAGGAGCGGAUGAGCAUACGUUCGAUCGAGUCGGUCAGCGAGCACAGGGUGAAACAGAUCAACAAUCACACGACCACCACAAAAGUGCGAAAAGUCAGCGCCGCAAGCCUUAGCCUGCCUGGCUCACCAUUCAAUCUUCGCCGGAGCAGCCGCGGUAGCCAUCAGUUCACGAUCAGAAACGGAAGAGGACGAUUCGUGGGUCCACCAGGCGGUGACCGAAAACCACUGGUGCUCUCGACGUUCCUCGACGCCCAGGAACAUCUGCCAUACGCGGACGACUCGAACGCUGUCACGCCGAUGUCUGAGGAGAAUGGCACAAUCGUUGUGCCGGUGUACUACGCAAAUCUUGGCUCCAGGCACUCGUCGUACACGUCUCACGCAUCGCGACACUCGUACACGUCUCAUGGUGAUCUAAUUGGUGGUAUCGCGAACGCAGGGAAACCAAUGACCAAGGAGAGUCAGCUGAGAAUCAGAUCCGUCAGGCCUCCGUCUGUGAACGGACACUUCACGGACAAUAAUCAGAAGUACCAUUACGAGGGUGAUCUGGAGGAUCCCAUGGGCAAGGCAAAGCAACAAGACAAUCCGUUUAUAGAGCCUUCUCAACAACAUGCCGUGGUUGAUAUGAAAGACGUGAUGGUACUGAACGACAUCAUAGAACAGGCUGCGGGUCGUCAAAGCAGAACCCCAGAGCAAGGAGACGACGAUGAAGAAGGUCCGACGUUCAAGGAUAAACUGUUGGCCGCGCUGUUACGUUGCAUCGAUAUCUUCUGCGUGUGGGACUGUUGCGGGUUAUGGCUUGACUUUCAAAGAUAUGUGUCUCUUUUGGUGUUCGAUCCAUUCGUAGAGUUGUUCAUCACCCUUUGUAUCGUCGUCAACACACUAUUCAUGGCGCUCGACCAUCACGACAUGGACAAGGACAUGGAAAGGGUGCUCAAGACGGGAAACUACUUCUUCACGGCGACAUUCGGUAUCGAGGCAACGCUAAAACUGAUAGCAAUGAGUCCCAAAUAUUACUUUCAAGAGGGAUGGAAUAUUUUCGACUUCAUUAUCGUCGCUCUUUCACUGCUGGAAUUAGGCUUAGAGGGUGUGCAAGGUCUUUCUGUAUUGCGAUCGUUCAGAUUGCUGAGAGUGUUCAAAUUGGCGAAGUCGUGGCCUACGUUGAAUCUGCUGAUCUCCAUCAUGGGCAGAACAGUGGGCGCGCUGGGUAAUUUGACAUUCGUGUUGUGUAUCAUUAUCUUCAUUUUCGCCGUGAUGGGUAUGCAGCUGUUUGGCAAGAACUAUACCGACAAUGUCGAUCGGUUCCCCGACGGCGAUUUACCAAGAUGGAAUUUCACCGACUUUAUGCAUUCAUUCAUGAUCGUUUUUCGCGUACUCUGUGGUGAAUGGAUCGAGUCUAUGUGGGACUGUAUGCUCGUGGGCGACGUUUCUUGUAUACCAUUCUUUCUGGCGACUGUUGUCAUCGGUAAUCUUGUUGUGCUGAAUCUCUUCUUGGCCUUGUUGCUGAGCAACUUCGGCUCGUCGAAUCUAUCGGCGCCGACCGCGGACAACGAUACGAACAAGAUCGCGGAGGCGAUCGAUCGAAUAGCACGAUUCGUUAAGUGGAUCAAGCGAAAUGUCCUUUAUCUUGCUAAAAUGAUGCGAGCCAAACUCACCAAUCAGAUAUCCGAUCAGGCGCCAGAUGGAAUUGAUCGUGACGGGGACCUAGAUCUUGCAGAUGGCGAGCUCGAUGCGUAUAGAGAUAAAAAGAGUGCCAAGGAGCUAAAUCAACUCGAAGUUGCUAUCGGAGACGGAAUGGAAUUCACUAUUCAUGGAGACCUAAAGAGUAAAUCGAAGAAGGGUAAACAGUGCAUAAACAGCAAAGUUAUAGCAAACUCGAUAAACCACCGUGACUACAGGUUGGACAACGAUUACAUCAAUCAGAAUGAGGACGACACCAUCAGUAAUAAAUCAUAUGGCAGCCAUAAGAAUAGAGCGUUCAAGGACGAUAGUCAUAAGGGAAGUAUGGACUCGUUGGAUGGCGAGGAAAAGAAAGAUGCGAGUAAAGAAGACCUAGAACAAGAAGAAGAUCUUGGAGAAGAGGGAGAGGAAAGAGAGGGUGAACUAGGAGAUGCGAUUAUCCAAGCAGACGAAGAUCCCAUUGAGCCCGAUUAUCCAGCUGACUGUUGCCCCGAAAAUUGUUACAAGAAGUUCCCGUUCUUGGCUGGCGACGAUGACGCUCCAUUCUGGCAGGGUUGGGCGAACUUGAGACUGAAGACCUUCCAACUAAUUGAGAACAAGUAUUUUGAGACUGCCGUCAUUUUGAUGAUCCUUUUGAGUAGUAUGGCUCUCGCCUUGGAAGAUGUGCAUCUUCAACAACGACCCAUUCUGCAAGAUAUCUUAUACUACAUGGAUCGAAUAUUUACUGUGAUUUUCUUCAUCGAAAUGUUAAUUAAAUGGUUGGCUCUCGGCUUCAAAAAGUACUUCACGAACGCUUGGUGCUGGCUUGAUUUCAUCAUUGUCAUGCUCUCACUGAUCAACUUGGGCGCGAUCUGGGCAGGCGCCGCAGACAUCCCGGCCUUCCGUUCCAUGAGAACACUGAGGGCCUUGAGGCCUUUACGAGCGGUUUCACGAUGGGAGGGCAUGAGAGUGUCACUCAUUAACUUCGUAGCGUCGCUCUGUGGCGCUGGCGGGAUCCAAGCCUUCAAAACAAUGAGGACCCUAAGGGCCCUAAGGCCACUCAGGGCGAUGUCUAGAAUGCAGGGAAUGCGGGUAGUCGUCAACGCUUUGGUUCAAGCCAUUCCAUCCAUUUUCAACGUGUUGCUGGUGUGUCUUAUCUUCUGGUUGAUCUUCGCCAUUAUGGGUGUACAACUUUUUGCUGGCAAAUAUUUCAAGUGCGUAGACGCGAACAAAACAACACUCAGCUACGAAAUAAUCCCCGAUCGAAAUGCCUGUUUGGCUGAGAAUUACACCUGGGAGAAUUCUCCGAUGAAUUUCGACCACGUAGGAAAAGCGUAUCUAUGCUUGUUCCAAGUGGCCACGUUUAAAGGAUGGAUUCAGAUCAUGAACGACGCCAUUGAUUCUAGGGAGCUCAACAAACAACCAAUUCGUGAAACGAACAUCUACAUGUAUUUCUAUUUUGUAUUCUUCAUUAUAUUCGGAUCGUUUUUUACCCUUAAUCUAUUCAUUGGUGUGAUCAUCGACAACUUCAACGAGCAAAAGAAAAAGGCAGGUGGUUCCCUCGAAAUGUUCAUGACAGAAGAUCAGAAGAAAUAUUACAAUGCCAUGAAAAAGAUGGGUAGCAAGAAACCACUCAAGGCCAUUCCACGUCCAAGAUGGAGGCCACAGGCGAUAGUGUUUGAAAUAGUAACGGAUAAAAAGUUCGAUAUGGUAAUCAUGUUGUUCAUCGGGCUGAACAUGCUGACGAUGACGUUGGACCAUUAUCAACAGACCCAGACUUUCAGCUAUGCUCUGGAUUCUCUGAACAUGAUAUUCAUUGUGAUAUUCACCAGCGAGUGUCUCAUGAAGAUCUUCGCCCUGCGUUACCACUAUUUCAAGGAGCCAUGGAACCUCUUUGAUUUUGUUGUUGUUAUAUUGUCAAUAUUAGGUCUGGUUCUCAGUGACAUUAUUGAGAAAUACUUCGUAUCACCGACGUUGCUUCGUGUAGUAAGGGUGGCAAAAGUCGGUCGUGUGCUUCGACUCGUGAAAGGUGCCAAGGGUAUUCGAACUCUUCUCUUCGCCCUGGCGAUGUCAUUACCAGCUCUCUUCAAUAUUUGCCUAUUACUGUUUUUGGUGAUGUUUAUCUUCGCGAUUUUUGGAAUGUCGUUCUUCAUGCACGUGAAAGACAAAAGCGGACUGGACGAUGUGUACAACUUUAAAACGUUCGGACAGUCGAUGAUAUUGCUAUUCCAGAUGUCAACGUCCGCUGGUUGGGAUGGCGUCCUCGACGGCAUAAUAAACGAGGAGGACUGUCAGGAGCCGAACAACGAGAUAGGAUAUCCGGGCAACUGUGGCUCGUCCACGAUUGGCAUCGCUUAUCUUCUCUCGUACCUGGUGAUCAGCUUUCUGAUCGUGAUAAACAUGUACAUCGCUGUGAUCCUCGAGAAUUACUCGCAGGCAACGGAGGACGUGCAAGAAGGUCUGACGGACGACGACUACGACAUGUACUACGAGAUCUGGCAACAGUUCGAUCCGGACGGAACACAGUAUAUCAGAUACGAUCAGCUGUCCGAUUUCCUGGACGUGCUCGAGCCACCGUUGCAAAUACACAAGCCGAACAAGUACAAGAUCGUAUCGAUGGAUAUACCCAUAUGCAAGGGGGACAUGAUGUUCUGUGUGGACAUCCUGGACGCCCUCACCAAAGACUUCUUCGCGCGCAAGGGUAAUCCAAUCGAGGAGACGGCGGAGAUCGAAGUGCAAACGCGUCCUGGCGAAACUGGUUACGAACCCGUAUCCUCCACACUAUGGCGGCAACGUGAAGAGUAUUGCGCGCGUCUUAUUCAGAACGCCUGGAGAAAGCACAAACAACAGCGUCUAGGCGGGCCCAGUGAAGAAAGCGACGACGCGGACACGGAUCCACGCGUCAGACAGACCGCGGUCCUCGUCGAGAGUGACGGUUUCGUGACGAAAAACGGUCACAGGGUCGUCAUUCACAGCCGAUCACCGAGCGUCACCUCGAGGACCGCGGACGUCUGAUCGGCGAGUACGAUGUCUCCAGCACCGCCAUCUAUGUAACCAGCGCCACCUAUGAGAGCCGGGACGCGGCAACAGGCAACGUUUGGCAGUUAUCGCCAACGACCAGCCAUAGAUUACCAAAUAGAC